CGUCAAUCGUCAACUUCGCCGCUGAUACCACCGCCUCAACUUGUUUGUGCUGCCUUGUGCCCGCCUCUGACACAUCUCUUUCGCACGAUUUCAUCUUUCCUGCCUCACACACACUUCAAAACCACCACAGAUUGCAGCUGCCGCCAUGUGGGUCAUCGACUGGUUCUGGGACCUGCUGGCCAACUUGGGCCUGGCCAACAAGCACGCCAAACUGCUCUUCCUUGGUCUCGACAAUGCCGGAAAGACUACUCUCCUCCACAUGCUCAAGAACGACCGCGUCGCCAUCCUCCAGCCCACCCUCCAUCCGACUUCUGAGGAACUCAGCGUAGGCAGCUGCCGCUUUACCACCUUCGAUCUCGGCGGUCACCAGCAGGCACGCCGCCUGUGGAAGGACUACUUCCCCGAAGUCAGCGGCAUCGUCUUUCUCGUCGAUGCGAAAGACCCAGAGCGAUUCGCCGAAUCGAAAGCCGAGCUUGACGCUCUGCUCAGCAUGGAGGAUCUCGCGAAGACACCAUUCCUGAUCCUCGGCAACAAGAUCGAUCACCCCAACGCAGUCAGCGAGGACCAAUUACGCCAUGAGCUAGGGCUGUAUCAGACAACAGGAAAGGGCAAGGUGCCUCUUGAUGGCAUCAGGCCAAUUGAGAUUUUCAUGUGCUCGGUUGUUAUGAGGCAAGGCUACGGAGACGGUAUCCGCUGGUUGUCGCAGUAUGUGUAAGGUUGUAUCUUUGGGCGUUACUCUGGGCACAGUCAUGGUGAUCUGGCGUAUGCGAAGGAAGAUACAGUCCUGGGACAAGCACUAGCAGGGACGAGACACUCGACAAGAAAUGAGUCCCAAUUAGAUGCUCUCAUAUCUCACCCCCGUGGGAAAGAAGAGCGUGAUUUUAUGCCUCCCGCACUGACUUCGCAGUAACAUUUGCAGCAG